GAAAACUUCUACUCAGUCUUCGAGUCGGAACUGUCGGAAACGAUUCCCGUAAUCCACGCGUCGAUCGCCGGCUGUCGUAUCGUCGGCCGCAUGACUGUCGGCAACCGUCACGGACUGCUCGUUCCCAACUCGACCACCGAUCAGGAGUUGCAACACAUCCGCAACUCUUUGCCCGACAGCGUCCGCAUACAGCGCGUCGAAGAGCGCCUCUCGGCGUUGGGCAAUGUUGUGGCCAAUAAUGAUUACGUGGCUUUAGUUCAUCCCGAUUUGGACAGAGAGACCGAAGAGAUCAUUGUCGACACCCUUAAGGUGGAGGUCUUCCGGCAAACCGUUGCCAAUCAAGUGCUCGUCGGCUCCUAUUGUUCGCUCUCUAAUCAAGGCGGUCUAUUACACCCUCGCAUUCCCGUGGAGUCUCAGAAUGAGUUGUCAUCACUUCUUCAGAUACCACUGAUUGCCGGAACUGUCAACAGAGGCAGUGAAGUGAUCGGCGCCGGAAUGGUUGUCAACGAUUGGUCGGCCUUUUGCGGGUUCGACACCACAUCCACUGAGAUCUCUGUAAUCGAGAGUAUAUUCAAACUGAACGAUGCCGUCGGCCCUAACGCUAUCAAGACAUCGCUGAGACAAUCGCUGAUUGAAAGUAUGACAUAAUCGUCGGUUGUGUCCUAUUGUUGGCCAAAAUUAUUACAUUUUAUUCUUUCUAACUAUUAAUUGAUUUUAUUUUAUAAUUACUUUUACUGUUAUUAUAAGAAAUGAUUACCAAUUAAUCCAUACCUUAAAUGUAUGUUUAAAAGUAAUAAUUGAAUUAAAAUGAAUUAUUAUAAUAAUAA